UAAAUGCCCCCCUUAAACUACAAGCCCCAGCAUGCAACAGGAGGCAGCAGCGCAGUUACAGAGAAGACGAGAGAGAAUGAGUAGAAGCCUCUCGUGAGCGGAACUGAGGGGCUCGCGGGUCGUGUUGCGCAGCCGAGCCGCUUUAAGUGACGGACCCGGUCCUUUAGCGCACGCGGUCCGGCUCAAAAAGUAGAACUUGCUGCUUUAGUUGUUCACAGCAACCAAAAUGCCCAAAGCAGUAAAGAGCAAAGGAGGAGGGCAGGAGAAGAAAGUCAUCCAUCCUUACAGUAGGAAAGCUGCUCAACUUACAAAAGAAGCAAACAAACAAGAGAAAAAAGAAAAGUUGAAAAAUGAAAAGGCCUUUCGCCUCAGCAUUGCAGGUGAAAAAUUGCUUUGGUUUCAGAAUUGCCUUGAUCCAAACAAAAUGGAAUAUACAAAAAAAGAAGCCUGUGAACUAGUAGAAAGUUACUUGCAACGAUUCUGUGAUGAACUGGAGCAGAUUGAACUGCAGAAUAGUAUUAAAGGAAGGAAAGCAAGACAACACAGUUCUAGAGAAACAGUUAUCAGACAGACUAUGGAACGUGAACGACAACAGUAUGAAGGAUACGGUCUAGAUAUUCCUGACAUUGUGAACUGUAAGCACCUUAAAAUUUUCAGAGACUGGGAUGGUGACCUGAAGAAACUACCAAAUAUUAAAAUGAAAAAGAUAACCAGUAAAGAUGCCCUUAGCAGUAAGAUGGAAAAGACAAGUGGUGAAGCUGAAAUGGAAUUGAAUGCAGCAAAGAACACAGACUGAGGCAUUUGCCCCCAUCAGAGUUGCAGAAAGAAAAAAUUGAAAAGGACGGGAGAAGAGACCUGAACAUCAGAAGCAUGAACAGAAAACAUUGGUAGACUUUCAUGUUUUGUGGUGUUGUAACAAAGACUAUUUUAAUAUAUCUCAUGAAGGAAAUCCAUUAAAAUCAAAGGUAUUAUGAAAAAUUAUUUAACUGCUACACAUGUAACUGCCACAUUGAGUUUGUUCUUGACAGGAAUCUGUGAUGAUAAAAAGAAAGACAACCCUCCCCAAAACUUACUGUUUUCUAGAAAUAAAUAGCUCCUUUAAUACUGUUAGGAUUCACAAGUUGAUUUAUUUAUUGGCAAAUGUCUAAUGUAUUAUCUAGUGAGGGUCUGUGCUGCCAAGGGUUUUUUUUUUUCUCCUAUCAUUUUAGUUCAGCUUCUUUCUUGUUAGGUGGAGUAUUGCUGCAAAAAGGAUUUCUCCUUAAUGGGGUAAAGGGUGGCUUUAAUCUGGUUGUGUUUGGAAAAAUGUGGCAUCCUCAUCAAUCACACCUACAGAAAACCACAUGGUGUUAGAUUUAACUUACAAUAGUGAAUUCAUUCCCUUGUGACUUUUUCAUAUCUUUCAUCAGCAAUGUCUAAAAUUUCUUGUACUGAAGAAAAAGACAAAUGUUGUGGCAUUUGCCCAUUUUUAGCCAGUUAGAAUUGGAGUUUCUUCAGCAAUUGACAUGGUAAAACAAAAUGUCUGUCUUUGGGAUUAGAAAAGAGUUGCAUUCAGGAAUUUAGAUUCUGAAGAAAUGCAGGAUCUUUUAAAGGUCUAGAUUGAAGUCCAGCUCAUUAAUAAAGCAUUAUUUGCAUGUAGCUUCCAAUGCUCAGUCCCUGGCAUCUCUAUUUUUUAAAAAAGAUUUAAGAGCAGUAAGGACUUUUCAGCUUACUUGUAGGGACUUUAAUAAGAACUGUGUGUGUGUUUUAUGAGAAUGCAGUGAGGUUAGAAUGAAUGGUGGGGAGGAGAAAUGGACUUUUGUACAUGUGUAUUUGCUAACGACAUUCCUGGAGAAAACAGAGUUAUAACCCAGCACUGAAUAAACUGUAUGUUAAUUACA